CAAAUUAAAACUUUCGGAACGAAACGAGGGAAAGGCAACAACACACAUUUGGCGCGCCCUCUGCGGUGUAUCAAAACAAACAAACCGCAUCGUCGCUUUCCUCGCCUCUCUUUCCGUUUUCCUUCCUCGUCGCGGUCGUGGGUCACUUGCCGCCGCGCCGGCAACGUCCCCUUCCCAUCCCCAGCCACGCAUAAAUCAAUCGAUGCAUUGGUCCUUGGCACGACUUGAUUCCUGAUUCCCUCUGCUGUUCUCCACCCGCUCUCUCUCUUUCGCGUGGCAUUUCUUCCUGCCAGCGACGAAUUGGCGCGCGCCGCCGCCGCCGUCUGCCCAGGCCCUUCGCCCACCCACCAGACAGACGUGUAUAAGCGAGAGGAAAUUAUCUGCCGGCCAUUUUCACUGACAGCUGGUGGAGUCCGAGAGUAAUGAGAGCUGUGAAGUUUAAUGGACCUAAAUAGAUGAAGCUGCAUCAAGUUUGGCAGUUAGGCGUUAAGGAUAUGAAGGCCGUUCCACUUCCACGUCCGAGAUCAGCUCCAAAAAGACGUGCGUGGAUCCCUGCCGUUGCAGCUUUUAUCUCCAUCGCGCUAGUCUGGGCUUAUCUGUAUCCUCCCCCGCAUUACACUUCUUCUGUGAGGGAUUGGCUUCCUGCGGAACCAGCCAGGGAAUUGACCGAUGAGGAGAGGGCCUCGCGUGUUGUUUUUAGGCAGAUCCUAACAACACCUCCUGUUCUAUCCAAGAAUUCAAAAAUAGCUUUCAUGUUCUUGACUCCGGGGACAUUGCCAUUUGAAAGAUUAUGGGAAAAGUUCUUUGAGGGCCAUGAAGGAAGGUAUACCAUAUAUAUUCAUGCCUCAAGGGAGAAGCCUGAACAUGUCAGUCCCAUAUUUGUUGGUCGAGAGAUACACAGUGAAAAGGUAACUUGGGGUAAAAUUUCUAUGGUUGAUGCUGAGAGGAGGUUGAUGGCAAAUGCUCUACAAGAUAUUGACAAUCAGCAUUUUGUUUUGCUAUCUGAUAGCUGUGUACCUUUGCACAGUUUUGAUUAUGUAUAUGACUACCUGAUGGGUGCAAAUCUCAGUUUUAUUGACUGCUUUUAUGAUCCUGGACCACAUGGAAAUUUUAGAUAUUCACAAAAUAUGUUGCCUGAGGUCACAGAGACUGAUUUUAGAAAGGGUUCACAGUGGUUCUCAGUCAAACGCCAACAUGCGUUGAUGAUUAUUGCAGAUAGUCUUUACUAUACUAAGUUCAAGCUUCAUUGCAGGCCUGGGAUGGAAGAUGGUCGCAACUGCUACGCUGACGAACAUUAUUUGCCAACAGUAUUCCGUAUGAUGGACCCAGAUGGAAUUGCUAAUUGGUCUGUAACCCAUGUUGACUGGUCUGAAGGGAAGUGGCAUCCAAAAGCUUACCGGGCAAAGCACGUUAAUUUGGAGCUUCUGAAGAAUAUAGCAUCAAUCGACGUGAGCCACCAUGUCACUAGUGAUGGCAAGAAAGUGGUCACAGAGAACCCCUGCCUAUGGAAUGGAGCAAAGAGGCCAUGCUACCUGUUUGCGAGGAAGUUCUACCCUGAAUCCAUAAACAAUCUCUUGACCUUGUUCGCGAAUUACACACUUAUUUGAGCUUCUAGGUGACGCUUAGAGGCUACAGGGAAUAUUUUGUUAUAGAAAUCCUUGUACAUUGGUUAGGAACAUAAUAGGAGAUUAAUUAACAGGAUAGCAGUUGGUGAGGAGAAGGCUUUCGGCUUUCGCUGCAGCAACACAGUGGCUUCGGAUAUACCACAACUGGUCAUUGCUACUCCUUUAGCCUCGUGUUGCUUUCAUAGUUUCUUCUACCCACAUUUUUAGCUGCGGCGUUUUACCAUGUACAUCAAGCUUUGUUUUUACAAGGAAUGGUCAUUCAAUAGGAAAAUCUGAGAUCAUGGUCUUGUAUUU